AUGGCCAAUAUAUUCACAACAACGUCUUCAAGCAACACCGUUGAAAAUAAUCCAGCUGUUACUCGCUUGCGCUCAGAUUCAAUUGAAAGAUUUCUUAAACAGAUAAGUAUCAAUAAAGUUGGUUUAGAAUUUUUAUCUAAUAAUGAUACAAAGGUUUUUUUAACAGCAGCAUUUUCUACUAUCGAUAGCUACUAUACUAUUUCUAAUCUCCAAGAAUCACUUGAUACUUUCUUUCAGUAUAUUGUAGGACAAUCUGUUUUUGCUCUACGCUAUUGUUCAUUGGUUCAAAAAAAUUCAUUACCUUCUCAGCCAUGCAUAGCUAUUUCAACAUUAUUUUUGCGUGUUCAACCUGAAACUUCAUCAACAUUUCUUGUUUAUCGUUUGGCUCCAUUGCCAAUCAUUUAUAAUAAUGAUAUGUAUGUGUAUUCAAAUCUGCCAAAAAUAAUCGGAAUAGAUCCCAUUGAUAAACAAAUUAUCAUUUGGAAAGAAGAGAUUGAUAUCAAACAAUGUAUUUUCUCACGUCUUGUUCUGUGCAAAAAAAUGCCAAUAUCUAUACCAUUAAGAAAAUCUUCAUGUCUCUCCCAACUACUAGAUAAUGCUCAAUCAUCUACAAAUAUGUGUGAAGUUACGCGAUCGAAAAACAUUGAACAAGACUUUAUGCAGAUUGAUGAUGGACUGUGGUUCUUUUUUAACAUUCAUCAUGCUGAACAAUGUCAAAUCUAUUCGAGUUCUGAUGAUAGAACAGAAAUAAUUUCAAUUAAUGAACCUGCUAUUGUAAGUAUGCCGUGUAACAAACCAAUCACAUGCAUGAAUUUAAAAAUACCUACUACAUCUUGUACACCACGUCGCACAUUAGUAACAUCUCAUCUUCCAACAUAUUCUCACUCACAAGCUCGGAUCUUCCUUCCAAUAAAAGAUAUGAUACAAACAAUCAUUUUUGCAUAUCAAUCUCAAAAUGAAAAAACAAUAAAUGAAUUAAUGACUGCAUUAUCUUCGAAAAAACCAAGUAUUAAACAGAUCUUUCAAAACAUUUAUACGUAUCUGGCAUCCGCUGUUAUUAUUAUCCUGGUUGCCUUCUUUCUUUUCAUCGUCAAAUUAAUCAGGAAGAAAUUACAAAAAGAGAUAGAUUACAUUAAAUCAACUGUAGAGACAAUACUUAGAUUAUAAUUUUUUCUCUAAAUUUUUUCAUUAUUGUCAAAUUCAAAAAAUAUAAUUAAAUAUUUUGUCUCUUUACCCCAUCACCAAUGCUAAAUAUAUCUAUUUUUUCCUUAUGAAACAACAGUUAUAUCCUCAGAUUUGAGCAAAUGUAAAUCACAAAAAGCAUCAUCAACCAUAAGUAUAGAACGAACGAUUUCUUCAAAAGUUCCGUUUGUAUUAAUACGUAAAUAAAAAAGACAUCAUAUGUCUCAAAAAAGAGAUAUAUGACAUUCAUGAAAAAAACUAAUAAAAACACAUUAACACAAAAAAAACACAAAAACACAACAAUCAUUAAAAAAAAGUUAAAAAACCUAAGACGAAUAAAAAAACAUACAACGAUCACUAAAAAAAAACCAAACACACGAACAUAAAAAAAACAAACGUGAAUAUGAAACGAUCAUUAAUAAAAAGCUGGAAAAAAAUAACAUUAAUGAAAAAAUACAAAUUUAAACACUUCAUAAAAAGUCAGUCCGAAAGAAAAACAACUAAAAAAUUUCAAUAACAAUAAACUACUUUUUCGAAAAUAAACCAUAAUAUGAAAAAAAUAAUGAAUGGCUCCAUAACUUUACAUAACAAAUUUCUAUAAUAAAAAACAAUACGAGAUGAAUAUAAUAAUUCUAAAACUAAAUCAAACAAACAAUCUA